AUGCCCUCCACUCAGAAAAUUGGUUAUUUCAUGGCGUGUGCUUGCUGUUCCUCCAUCUCUGUGGCGCUCCUGGGGUUCGCCAUGUCCCAGACUUGGGCAGAGAGUAAGCUGAAGUGCGCUGGUUUUGAGACUGAAUUUUUCAACGGGACGGGGCUCAUCACAUGGAAGCUUUUCAAGGGCAAUUUUAUACAGUACAGCUGCCCUUUGAUAUCAUCUCCAAAGGGAAAAGACUUUGAUGUGUUCACGGUGUUGAAGGAGAGUGGAGCCCCGGUGGUCCUCUUUGCUGUGGUGGUGCUUCUCUUGGUCUUGUGUCUUCUCUCCACGGCCUUGAGUAUCCUCAUCGCCCUCUACAACAGCGUCAGUAACCCCUACCAGACCUACAUGGGCCCAGUGGGGGUCUACAUCUGCAGCGCCAUCAGCGCCUGCCUCUCGGCCGUGGUCCUCAUCCUGUUCGCCGUGACCCUCACCGGCACAGACGCUGCUGAGAGUGUGGUGCUGAACCUGGCGGGUGACUUGUCGGUGAGGACCCAGAACAGGGUGGCAGUAUUCCAGCUGGGGUACUUCCUGCUCCUCCCGUACACCGCACUGUCCUUGGGGUCCAUCGGCAUCAUCUACUUCUACGACCACGCGGCUUACGCACAGCGCCGAGAGCAGCAGAGACCCACAGAGGACGCGCCCAAAGAAAUCAUGAUGUAUUAA